AUGCUUACUAAAUCCAAAAGUGCCUAUCCCGAUUCCAAGAAAAAGAGCUGGUACGAGAUAACCCUUGAAGAGGAGGAGGAAGAAGCAGCUCAUAAUUUCAACCAACCAGAGGUAAGAGCUACCCAAUUCAUGGCCGAGAUGGAGAGAUUGGCAGUUAUCGAUGAGAACGAUAACAAAACUAUGGAACCCGAUGCUACUCAAUUGGGAAAGGGAAAAGCGACAGUGGUAUCAGAGGAGUCCGGCGAUGAUGAAUGGAACCUCGACGAUGAUGAAUGGAAAAUGUGCGAGGAUUUUUACACAGAGGAGGAUAUGAUGAAUGAUGAUCAGCUGACUGAAGAGGCAAACGAUUUGCUAAGUAAAGAUCCCAUCUAUAUGGAGUAA